CGCCGGUAUCAAGACGUGUGCCAACGUCUAGAAAAAAAACAUCGUGUAUUGGCGCGAAAGUUUUCACAGAUAAUAAUAUAAUUAAAGUUUUUUUUUAAUAACAGUGUAGUUUUUCAAGGGUUCUUUAUAGUGUUCAGAUCGUUAAGUUAUUCUAUUUUCGUGUGAAUUUUUUAAUUAAUUAUUCGUGAGUUUAACAUGCAUGUUAGCGGGAAGUAAUGCGUGACAAGGUCAAUUUAGGGGCAAUUUAUAUUAUAGUGUGAUAUAAAAAUAGCGGUUGUUAUAUUCUUUCAUUAGUGAUAGUUUAGUGAGAGUUAUGAUGAAAAUGGAUGACAUCGAGAUCAGCAUAGAAAAUGACUUGCCAGAUACAAGCCAGCCCUUGACUGCAAUCUCACCUGGUGAGGAGGAGGGCACAGAGCUGGAACUGGAGGCCCUCUACAGACGAUACUGCGUGCGGCUCAAACACGCCCUCUUCAUGUCAGCACUCUGCGUUACAUUGCUCUGUAGCAUGGUGCUGCUGUUUGCUGUGUGUAUUCUACAUGCUCAUGAUUUGUCAUCACAAGUGACGGCGGUAUCAGUGCUAUCAGUGAUAAUAUUCAUUCUAUCAGUGGUUCUGGCGAUGGCGUUGUUGCCAGCGGCCGCUGAGUGGGAGGCGCUGGCGUUGUCUGGCUCUGUGCUAGUGACUAUCAGCCUGGGCGCCGGCACCCUGAUGGCGACGCACCACGCUCCUUUGCCGCUAUUCGCUUUGAUACUGAUGGUGCACACGAUGAUGCCUAUAGCGCGGCCUAUAGCGCUGGGCAUGUCCGCAGCGCUGACCCUCGCGUACAUGGGCGUGGCCAUAGGCCUCGGCCCGCAAGGACAGGAAGGACAAUUCUAUCAACAGUUGAUCUGCGAGCUAUCCUUGCUCCUCUCGGCAAGCGGUAUCGGCCUCUACUACCGCGCGUUGACGGAGCGUGCUCAUCGGAACACGUUCGCCGGCACCAGGACUUGUCUGGAACAGCGCGUGAAGCUCGAGUGCGAGAGAGAACAACAGGAGAGCUUACUUCUCUCUGUCAUACCCGCAUAUAUUGCUGCUGAGGUCAAACGUUCAAUCAUGCUCAAAAUGGCGUCCGCAUGUGCGGAUGCGUCAAAACAGACCCGCUUCCAUGAGAUGCAUGUGCAGAGGCACAACAACGUCAGCAUCUUAUACGCUGACAUAGUCAACUUCACACCUUUGUCCGAGCGACUCAGCGCGUCAGAUCUUGUGAAGACCUUGAACGAGCUGUUUGGAAGAUUCGAUCAGAUUGCUCAGGAAAAUCAGUGCAUGAGGAUCAAAAUACUCGGUGAUUGCUACUACUGCGUAUCCGGCCUGCCCGUGUCCAGGCCCAACCAUGCCUACAACUGCGUCAACAUGGGCCUGCAGAUGAUUGAUGCGAUACGGUUCGUUCGAGAAGCGACGGGCUUCAACGUGGACAUGCGGAUUGGAAUUCACACGGGAAAUGUACUGUGUGGUGUGCUCGGUUUGCGGAAAUGGCAAUUCGAUGUGUGGAGCGAUGACGUCACGCUUGCCAACCACAUGGAGUCUGGGGGAAUUGCGGGUCGCGUCCACAUAACAAAAGCCACCAUGCUUCAGCUCGGAGGCAAGUUCGAAGUUGAACCAGGGGAUGGUGCAUCCAGAGAGGGCUACCUCGCGGACCAUAAAGUUGAGACCUACCUGAUUGUACCUCCAAAGAAACCAGGCAUAUCAGAAAACGGUCGUCUCUCAGUGAUCACAGUGGACCGCAAGUCCAGUAUCGUAUCCUCCAUAUACCAGGAUGUUUCGCCCACGAAGAAGGAGAUCAGUCCAGCUCCAUCACAGAACAGCUUCGUUGAAGAAGUGCCGAAGGUUACUCGAGCUGAGUCCAUGCGACAAGCGGGAGAUCUCAGUAGAAGAGCAUCGGUCAGAGUAGUUGCGUUUGAGAACAACAACGCCACCAGUCCAGGCGAAACUUUGGGCAAUGGCACAGUUGUUACCAAGCCCAAGAGUCGAAGUGGAUCUAUUAUUGGAGCUAUUAGUCCUAUCAUGGGAACAGAAAGUGAUUCAGAAUCACCGCCCGUGCUAAGGGACACUGUUCAACCAACUUUCUUUCUCCGAAUGUUAAGUACUAUGUCCGUGGAGUCCCUAACGACUCCUGGAGUGCCCUCGAGGUCUCGUCCUUCAAGUAAGAUGACAAAAUACGUGGAGUGUUGGGGCGCGGAUAAGCCCUUCGCAAACAUUACCGAUUCGACCCUCGCCAAAAAUAUCGGUAUCUCUAGCUUAGCAAUGAUCGAACAGCAUUUACUGCCACAAAGAACGUGUUGUGAUUGCAGUAGUAACUCAGAAGGUCUACACCGGAUCACACUGGUGUUCAAAAACAGCACUCAAGAGAAGAAGUAUCGCAACCAGCCAGAUGUCCAGUUCAAGUAUUAUGUAGCCUGUGCUGCGACGUUGUUCAUGCUACUUGCUGCUAUACAGCUACUCACAGUACCCAAAGGUAUCGUAAUCUACGCAUCGUUCGGUCCUACGUUGGUAACGCUACUCGUAUUCGUAUAUUUGUCCUGGUCAGACGGACAGUCUGGAUUGAUGCUAUCUGACAUGCCGGAAUUCUAUGCUGACAACUGCACCAAGCCUGGACAGGUAGUGGCAAGUAAUUGCUACAUUAGACUGACAAUGUUCGUGAUCUCCGCAAUCUUGAUAAGUGCUUGUGCGAUCAUCAAUUUGUUCCAGACAUACAUGAUCCAGCAGGAACUCCCGGUCGAUAUCGCGAUCAGGAACACCACUUGGAAUGCGACGGAAAUCAUUGAGUUACCAGUCAUAGGCAUUAUUGAUGUGGAUUAUGCUCCAAGCUACCUGUACAGUUCAGUGCUGACCCUGGCGUCAAUAUCCGUGUUCCUGCGAAUGAGCUUCGUGCUGAAGCUGUUCAUGAUGGUAGUGACUCUGAUCCUGCAUAUAUCGCUCUUUGCUACCGCUGAAGUCUUCAGCCGGUUUCAGACAAUGGACUAUGAUACCGAGUUCUCAAUGCUGCCAUACGCAGCCAAAGCUGGGUUGGUGCUAGUAUUUUUGGCCGCGUUACUACACAUCCUUGAUAGACAGAUUGAGUUCACGUCAAGAACAGAUUUCCUGUGGAAAGACAAGUUAAAGUUCGAACAAGAAGAAGUGGAAACUAUGCGAGGGAUCAAUAAGAUUCUUCUAGAAAAUAUCCUCCCAGCUCACGUGGCUCAACAUUUUUUGACUUCAGUGGCAUCAAAGGAAGAGCUGUACCACGAGAGGUAUUCAAGUAUCGCGGUGAUGUUCGCCUCGAUACCCAACUACAAGGAGUUCUAUGACGAGACUGACGUCAACAAGCAGGGUCUUGAGUGUCUUCGGUUACUCAACGAGAUCAUCUGUGACUUUGAUAAGCUAUUACUGAAGCCAAAGUUCAGUAGCAUUGAGAAAAUCAAGACAAUAGGAAGCACCUACAUGAUAGCAUCAGGUUUAAGACCUGGGAAAGAGGAACAGACUGACGGCAAUAGUAAAGAAGAGCACACAGUUGCUAUUCUAGUGGAGUUCGCGAUCGCGCUCAUGACUAUAUUGGACCAAAUCAAUAGGGAGUCCUUCCAGAGGUUUAAAUUGAGGAUAGGUUUGAGCCAUGGGCCAGUGAUAGCAGGAGUGGUGGGUGCUCAGAAACCGCAGUACGACAUUUGGGGGAACACCGUGAACGUGGCCUCCCGUAUGGAUUCCACUGGCCUCAUGGACCGGAUUCAUGUCACAGAGGAUACUGCUAAGGUUCUAAUGCGCGCCGGGUAUACGUGUGAGUGCAGAGGACCUACGUAUGUCAAAGGCAAAGGAACUCUCAUAACUUAUUUCGUGAAAACGCCUAAUUACAAUUAAUUUAAUAGGUAUCUAAGGUAUUCUCGUUCAGUAAGUACCUACCUAAUUCAUAGACUCACUUUUAAUUAGGUAUGUAAUUGAUCUAUUAGUUUAUGGUUUAACUAACUAGGUAUUUUUAAUAAUUUUAUCGUUUAUAUU